AUGCGCGAGUUUAUGGACUAUGUCCACAGUGCUUUCUACGAGGCUACCGGGUGGAGGCGUGACAAUUCCCAAGCUCUGCUGAAUUUCAGCACUCCUCGAGGUCUUCGCCUGACUCUCUCGGCCCUCGCAAGCCCCAAUUUCGCCACCUCUUACCAGCUGGGCUCGGUUGGCGUGGUUGAUGGCUCCAUCUCCUACCUAUUCUCCUCCGUUCCUCUUCGAGUCCUCCUAACUCCCCAGUCCGAAAGCGUUCCGCUCCCUGAUCUUCUUCGAUCCUAUCGCCCAUUGACGCCGGUUGCUCGACGAGAUGACCCCUCCCUAAGACCUCCGGACGAUACGGACAAGACGAAUGAGUCGCUUCUCUACGGCAGACUAUAUCUACCACGGUCACAGUUAGAGGCGCUCCUGGUGAGGCGAAUAUCACCUGCUUUUCAGGCACAAUUCAGCGCCGUAUCGGGACAGCACCUCAGAAAUGGGGGCACUGCAUUGGGAUUGCUGCAGUACGAUGUCGGAAGUUAUGCGCUUGAAGGACUCGCUUCCACGGAUGGCGGACUACUGGGGUUCAGAGGAGUUUAUAAUUUUGGAGGCGACUUGAGUAGUAAAAAACACGCCCAGCAGUCUGCCACCUCCAAUACAGACAAUGGGAACGGACAUGGCAGUGGCAAUGGAGACAAGGAGAGGAUAUAUGGGCGAUUCAGUACCGGCGGAGAGAUCUACUACGGCACUCUCAACAAAUCUGGAGGCAUAAGCAUAGGCGCGAGAUUUGCUACGUUGCCGGAUCACAAGGGAACGCCGCUUUCUGCGACUCUUACGCUGAAUCCCCUGAUGGGGAAUAUUGCAGCCAGCUAUGCCGUCAUGGCUGGGAAAGACUGCAGUCUCGCGACUCGCAUGGAAUUCAACAUCUUCAGCUACGAAAGCUCUUGGGCCGUCGGCAUGGAGCUGUGGAGGAGGCCGUUUGCUCGAUCUGUGGCAGAAGCAGACCCUUCCUCUGAGGGUGUCUCCGCAGUGAAGACACCAAUUUCGAAGCCAUUUCCCACCUCGAAAGUGGCCACCAACAUUGUAGAUGGAAAAGAACCUUCACCGACGACCACACCGGCCACACCGGAGUCGGCUUCAACGUCGACGCCGGUUGAACGGAGUUUUAACGCGAAACUGGAGUGGAGGCUCGACGAGCCGGUAAAGCCGACAGAAAAGAAGAUUGGACGCAAAGCAAAUGGGGGUAAUACUGGUUCCAAGUCCAAAGGUGUUAAGAAGAAUCUCCCCAAGACUGGGCAACCUGCUGAGAAAGUAGAUAAAGAAGAGGUUGAGAGUGAGGAGAAUGAAUAUGCUGGGGUCGUGAAAGCGAGGCUGGACCAAAAUCUUCGGCUUGGGGUGCUGUGGGAAGGACGAGUAAAGUCAUUAUUGUUCAGUCUCGGCAGCGGGAUCGAUCUGAAGAUGAUGAACAAGCCGUUUCGAACUUUAGGUCUCGAGGUCCAGUUCUCAUCCUGA